AUUUACACGGUCAUCCCCGUACUAUACACCGCAAUCAAAUCCUACAGGGACAAAAGAUUCAAACCCGACAUAAUGGCAACGCCGCCCUCUUAUACUAAAGUCACCCACUCCGCCACCUACCCCGGCAUCAACCCAAGCCAGCCCGCCCUCUCCACCUCAGACAAGGUUGUGCUGAUUACCGGCGCAUCAGGUGGCAUUGGUCGAGCCACCGCCUCGUCCUUUGCUGCAUCGGACCCCCGAGCCCUCAUCCUCCUAGGUCGCCGCGCCGACGCCCUAGCCGAAACCGCCAGCAUCAUCAACACCAGCCACCCAGAUGUGACGAUUCAAACACACGAAGCCGACCUAGGCGAUGUUUCGACCGUCCGAAAUAUCAUGAACAAGGUCGCUACCGAGCUCGGUGGCAUCGACAUCCUCGUGCACUGUGCUGGCGUCCUCGCUCCCGUCGUUCCCCUUCUGGAAGCAGAUCCGGCCACGUUCCUAGACGGCUACAAGACCACCGUAGUCGGGACACUGGUGACGGCGCAGGCUGUCGUGCUAGCAAACAAGACCAUCAGCACAGCUGAGGACAAGCCAAUCACCUUCAUCAAUCUGACCACAGCCGGCAUCCUGUUCCCCCCUUUCCCUGGGAUGGGCGCCUACGUGAGCAGCAAGAUGGCAGCCGUCAAGCUCCUACAGUCGUUCGCCACCGAGAACCCGCAGGUGCGUCUUCACAAUGUGCAUCCGGGGCUGCUCAAGACGGCCAUGUCGGCUAAGCUGGCGGAGUCGAUCCAAUUGCCAUUUUUCUAUGAUGAUAUGUCUCUUCCUGCCGACUUUCUUGUGUGGAUCGCCUCGGCCGAAGCAGAAUUUCUCAAAAACAAGAUCGUCUUCGCGGCUUGGGACGUUGAUGAGCUCAAGGCUCGCAAAAAGGAGAUUGUCGGUGGCCCGCCGGGAACUGGUGAGCUCUGGCUUGGAUACCAGGGAUUCCCGCGAUAUAUGGCCGGCCAGCCUUUGCCAGGCGUCGAGUAG